AUGCAAAAAAGGGGGACGAAUAAGAAAAAAGAAAAAAAAAUCAGUCAUAGCAACCUCUCAUUCCAACAGGCAGUGGACUGGGACUACUGGAUGGGCACUGGACUGGUUCGUCGGGGAAGGGAGCUCAUAAUUCCAGAAAUUCCGAGAACAGUGCACGCGGGUCUCACUGGAGCUCACGUCAACGGCUACCUGACCAAGCGAAGAUUCAGCAAUAAACCGGUCUCCACGGAUCCCAAUGCAAGAGUUAAUAUAACCGGGCUACGAAAGGAAAUAUACGAACGAGAAAUCCUUGCUCUGGUGAACGAAGCUGAACUACUGAACAUUACGAACCCAUACAACUACACUUUUCCCCGCACGCCGGGUAAAGUGUACGCUAUAUUUAUAAAGAUGACCCAUGAGGAAGACGAUGGAGCUCUCAAGAUUAUUGCCGACGCUCUGUCCGUAUGGAAUCAAGACGCCCGAGACCACCAUUACGGCUUAUGGAGGAUUCCAUACUACGACGCCAUGAUGCUCAUAAUAGGAUACCCGUUUUCUAAGUACAGGAAAUAUUACAAAAAAGGCUACAAUGUGAUAAGGGCUACUUCAGAAAGGUUGGAUCAUUUAUCAGAUAAUUUUAAUGAUGAAAGCUUUGUCUAUAAGAGUCACCGUAAAUCUGAUUACAUCAAUAUCAUGGGUUUAUUUGACAUUCCUAAAGCUAAGGGAGUCAAUCAAAAGACUGGAAAUGAACGGAGCCUCACAAAUCAGGAAUUUCUGACUACCUCCUCACAAUUUCAAAAUAUAUCGAAGCUUCACCCAGUAACAGAAAUGCAGGAAAAUCUGAAAAAACAAGAAAAAGAAACAAUUCAUAUCAUUAAUAGAAAUAUGAAUGAAAGCGAGUCAACCAUUAUUCAAGAUUCCACAACUUCUGCUUCUAUUCAAGAUGUAACGGAGGGAAUGAAGUUAGGAUCAGAGAUCAUCUCUGAUGGCAUACAUAAUAGUGAUGAUUCUGAUUUAGGAACUAUGGGUGUAUUGGGUAAUUCUUCGCUCAGUGAAACAGCAACUAUGAAAAAUGACAUUGUAAAAUUACAGAAUUGAUAUGAUACAUUAAAAUAACUUAUUUCUAAAAUUAUUAAAAAUAAAGUUUAAAGAUAAUUUUCUGCUGGUUGUAUUGAAUCUUACUGGUUUUAAAUCUGUUCUUAAACCUUUAGAUUUGCCAGUGAUAUAAUCCAUUGAAACAAAUAUAAUGGAAAACAUACCCACAUAUUUGUUUAAGUAACACGAAAUAAAGGGGUUUGUGUUGUGAUUCUCCACAUCCUAAUUUCAACAUUAUCACAUUGUUUGAACCUUGGAUCUCAUAUAGCAGAUAUGUGAGAAUCCUUCAGCUAUGUAAUUUUCUUCAGUUAAAAGUAAAAUAAUUG